CUUUUUCUCCCUCGCUUCCAUAUCAAACAGCAAAUUACGAAGAAGAAAGCAGCAGCAGAGUGGUGUUUCGGUUCUUGCUUCAAUCAACUCAAAUGGGGAUUGCCAGUUUACAGGAGAGGGAAGAAGAUCACGAGCUACUACAAGAGCUCCGCCGCAUGCUGGUCGCCACCGCCGGCCAAGACAAACCACAGCUUCCACAAAAGUGCUUCUCCUCCAAAAGCGCUUCCACUGAUGACUCUGAAGAGAAGCUGGUCUGCGUCACAAGCGGCGUUUCCUUCUUGAGUCUCGCCGUAGUCAACUGCCUCCUCCUCCGCGGCUACUCCGUCCGCAUCAUCGUCGAUAACUCCGUUGCAGUGGACGUAGAGAAACUGAGGGAGAUGACGACGGCGAACGUUAACGUCACCGUAGUUAUGGCGAAGCUAGCAGAAAUUGAAAGCUUGUCACAAGCAUUUCAGGGUUGUCGAGGCGUCUUCCACACCUCUGGCUUUACCGACCCUGCUGGCCUUUCCGGGUACACUAAAUCCAUGGCUGAGAUAGAAGUCAAAGCCAGUGAGAAUGUGAUGAAGGCGUGUGCGGUGACACCUUCAGUAAGAAAAUGUGUGCUCACUUCUUCACUUGUAGCUUGCGUUUGGCAAGAGCAAGAUAACUCACAACAUGACCUCUUCACAAUGCCUGUGAUCAACCAUGAGUCCUGGAGCAAUGAGUCACUCUGCAUAGACAAAAAGCUAUGGUACGCUUUGGGGAAGCUUAGAUCAGAGAAAGCUGCGUGGACGGUAGCAAAGGAAAAUGGGUUGAAGCUGACUACCGUGUGCCCAGGUCUCAUAACCGGCCCUGAAUUUUGCUCUAGAAAUCUCACGGCAACAAUCGCAUAUCUCAAAGUGGCACAAGAGAUGUUCCAAAAUGGCGUGUUAGCAACAGUUGAUGUGAUGAGACUGGCAGAAGCACACAUUAGUGUGUAUGAAGCAAUGAACGCGUCGGCCUUUGGUAGAUACAUUUGCUUUGAUCAAGUCAUUACAACAGAGAGAGAGGCAGAGAAGCUAGCAGGGGAGACUAGUAUGUCAAAGACCAAGAUAUGUGGACAUGAUGGAGGGUCCACUGAUCGUCAUAUUAGAUAUGAAUUAUCAAAUAAGAAGCUUACAAAUCUCAUGUCAAGAACACUGAGAAGUUGCUAUAACCAAAACCAGCAAUACUAUUAAGUUCUACUCUGGGAUCUAGUCCCUUUUUGUUCUGGUUCAGCGAUUUGAGUUCUAGUUUGCUUAUU